GUGACCUGUCACGUCCCUCUCACGUGAGUAGACAAACAUGGCGGACACCGAUGCAGCAAAAUCUCUGAGCGGACUGCUGAACGGAAUCACUCAAAAAGUGUAUUACAGCAAUCCAGAAAUCACAGAGGAGCUACUGAAGAAUGAACUUUAUCCGGAAAUGUCACAGGACGAGUUUAGCGCUUUACACGAGAAAAUGAGGGGACUGCUCAAGUCCAUCGCCUCUGCAGAUAUGGACCAGGGGCAGUUGGAUGCCUUCCUCACUGCCCAGACGAAGAGGCGUCAGGGUGGCGCGGGCCUGAGCUCCGAGCAGGCUGCAGUGCUUACUCGCUUUUGGAAAACUCACCGUCCCAAAGUGAGAGAAGCGCUGCUGAACCAGAGUCGCUGGGAGCCUGCGCUGAGGGGCGUGAGCUGGAGGGUGGACGUCCAGGCGGGAGACAGGAGAGGAGAUGCAGCCCAUAGUGGAGCAGUCGCUUUGGUGGAGAUCGAGCUGGGACGAACAGGAGAGAGUUCAGAGUUUGUGUGUUUGGAGAUGGAUGAGAGCAAAGUGAAUCUUUUGCUGAAGAAAAUGGCCGACAUUCAGCAGAGCAUUGACAGAAUCGUCCACCGCUCGCCGCAGAAAUCUGAGGAGGCCUGAACAAGACUGAAAAAGACUGACAUAUAAUGUGCCUGUUUCAACAUUCCAACUUCAACACAAAUUGUAGAUUAUAUUUUGUUUUGUCUAAAAUAGACUUGUUUGCCAUGAACUGUGAAAGUUGUCUAUCCAUAUCUAUUAUUACCAUGUAAAUAUUUACUUACAGCGUCAUAUGUACAUUAUCAGUGUUUCUGGUUGAUUCUCCAGAGACAAUUGUGGCAUAUGUGAGCCAUUUAUACAUUAAAAACAUCAGUUUCUUACAGAUUUUGAAGUAAAAAUGUAACUCAAGA